CGAUUUCAACCCCCAAACUUUGGAUUUUCAGCUACACACGUCUUCGAGAAUCGAGAAAGCGUCAACCCGACAAUUGUAUAUUGAAUUCAACCCACCAAACCAAUUCCAGAAAAUUCACUCCAUUUUCUCCUUGUUUCCUUUCCUCCCUUAAUCUGCAAGCAUUUUGUGUGCAUGAUUUGCACACAUUGGGACUUGAGCAGCAGAAACAGACAUGGCUCUGAAUGCCGCACCAGUCUUGGUGUAUUACGCUAACUCGGCGGCCAUCCCUGUUCUUCACGGUGGACGACCUAAGUUCUCGAAUUCGAGAUUUCAAAGGGAAUUAGAGUGUUUGUGUCAGAGGGCAGUGGCACCAGUGGAAGAUGAGAGUCCCUCAGCUCGCUAUGUUGCUCAAAGGGACUUGAAUUCUCUCCCAAAGCCAUUGUCAGCAACAUAUUUUUCUUCUUCCUCUAGUGAUGGUAAGAAGGUCCGUGUUGCAUAUCAGGGGGUUCCAGGAGCUUAUAGCGAGGCUGCUGCUUUAAAAGCAUAUCCAAAAUGUGAGACUGUUCCAUGUGACCACUUUGAGGCUGCAUUCAAGGCAGUUGAGUUGUGGUUAGCAGACAAAGCAGUACUUCCCAUCGAGAAUUCAGUUGGAGGGAGCAUCCAUCGUAACUAUGACUUACUUCUUCGCCAUAGACUUCACAUUGUUGGGGAAGUUCAGUUAAUUGUCAAUCACUGCCUUCUAGGAUUGCCGGGGGUUAGGAAGGAGGAGCUGAAGAGUGUAUUAAGCCAUCCACAGGCACUUGAUCAGUGUGAGGUUUUCCUGAAUGAAUUGGGUGUAACCAGAGUAACUGCGGAUGAUCCUGCUCAUGCCGCUCAGAUUGUAGUCUGUGAAGGUGUGAGAGAGACUGGAGCAGUUGCAAGCACUCGAGCUGCAGAAAUAUAUGGACUUGAUGUUCUUGCUGAAGGAAUACAGGAUGAUUCUGACAACAUUACCCGUUUUCUGAUACUUGCAAGGGAACCUAUAAUCCCAGGAACAGCUAGACCUCAUAAGACUAGCAUUGUCUUCAGUCUGGAGGAGGGCCCUGGAAUUUUGUUCAAGGCAUUGGCAGUGUUUGCUCUAAGGGGCAUUAAUUUGUCAAAGAUUGAGAGUCGACCACAAAGAAGGCGGCCUUUGAGGGUUGUUGACGACUCUAACAAGGGAAGCGCCACAUACUUCGAUUACCUCUUUCACAUAGAUUUUGAAGCUUCUAUGGCGGAGCCCCGUGCCCAAUUUGCUCUGGGACAUCUCCAAGAGUUUGCAAGGUUCCUCCGAGUCCUUGGAUGUUAUCCUGUUGAUACACUUCCAUGAAUGAAUAUGUAUCUUGCCAUUGUGAAUGAGCUUAACUUCUGAAUUCGGAUGAACGGAAAAGUCUCUGUCAGAGUCCUGUAGAUGCAGGGACCAAGAAAGACUCGCUUGAUCCUGUGAAAUGUUCGUAUGGUUGAAAGUGUAUUAUCUGGCAGGUAUCUCAUAUCACCUGACCUUUCAGGGCAUAUGCUAUCUUCAAUCCCAUAGACUGAAACUGUGAGAUUUUUGGUUUUAUAGAAUGUAUUGGCCUUGUAAAUGCUGCAUAAAAUGUAGUCAUAUAGUAGUGUAAUAUCAUUGAUUAUGUGAAUGUGAAUGUGAAUGUGAAUGUGAAUGUGAAUGUGAAUGUGAAUGUGCAUGUGCAUGUGUGUUUUUGUAAA